UAGACAUCUGGCCUCUUUGUGCAAACGAGCAAAGGACUCCAUAUUCAUUUCAAAAGAUAGCAGCACAUCAAACGAACAGCAAACAUGAGUGGCAGACUUCAAGGAAAGGUGGCCAUUGUGACCGGAGCUGGCGGCGGAUUCGGCAAAGGCAUCGCGGAGAAGUUCAUCGCAGAAGGCGCAAAGGUCAUCAUUGCCGACUUUGUGGCCGAAAUGGGCCAAAAGACCGCCGACGAACUCAAGUGUGACUUUCACCGCACCGAUGUGACCAAGCGGGAAGAUUGGGAGUCGUUGAAGAAGUUCGUCGACGAGAAAUACGGCAAAUUGGACUGUGUCGUCAACAACGCCGGAGUCACCUACCGGAAUAAGCCCACCCAAGACGUGACCGACGAGGAUUUCGACAAAUGCUUUAACGUGAACGUCAAAGCCAUUUACUACUCCUGCAACGUUUUGGUUCCGUACAUCCAGGAGAAGAAGACUGGCGGAUCGUUCGUGACCAUCGCCUCGACGGCCGGAAUCCGACCUCGUCCUGGUCUUGUGUGGUACAACGCCUCCAAGGCGGCUGUCAUCAACGCCUCGAAGGCUAUGGCUGUUGAGUAUGCAAAGGACAACAUUCGGUUCAAUACUGCUUGUCCUGUCGUGGGUCUAGGGACUGGAUUGACUGAUCUUUUCUUGGGCAAGCCUGAGAACGAAGCGACGUUCAUGGCUACCGUUCCGCUUGGUCGUGGUUCGACUCCACGAGAUGUGGCCAACACCUGCUGUUUCUUGUGCAGCGACGAGGCAGACUUCUUGACCGGUAUCGACAUUCCAGUGGACGGAGGACGAUGUGUCUAGAUGUGAGAGCUUCGUUGGAGGCAAAACUUGCGGUCGGGUUUGCAUGCCUUGUAUGGACAUAGUUGUCAGUCUAGUGUCAGGA